AUGAAAAAGUUAACAAUCAAAGCAUUCGAUAAAUUCGGUGCUGUUCUUCUUCCAUUUAUAUCUCUUGCCUUGCGCUUCGCGCACAGUGCAAGCUGGUUGGUCCCAUCUCAACGUCUAGAAGUGGCAGGUGCAGUACGUCAAACAUCUUGGAACGGAAUGUCAGGUCCAAUUCCAGGACACUGUCUCGAGAAUCAGAAACGUAAAUCGGACAGGAGACCAUAUCUUGUUAGUAUCCAUGGCUAUUUCCGAGGUGUUUAUAGCCAACUGAAGAACAAUUAA